AUGGCUUCACAAGAGGAAAAACAAACUCAGCCCUUUACAGACAUCUUUGAUGAAGAUGAAGCUGAAAAAUCCUUUCUGUUGUCCAAGCCCACUUGCCUAAUUGUCCUUGGAAAGCCAGGUUGUGGAAAGAAAACAUUAGCUAAGAAACUAGCACAAAUAUGGAAAUGCAUUUUCAUAGAAGCUUUGGAAGUAAUUCAAACGAAUAUUAAUGAAGAAACAGAAUUUGGGCUUAAGUGUCAAGAAUUACUUUUUAAAGGUCAAAAUAUUCCUGAAGAGCUGGUUACAGAAAUGAUUCUGAAAAAGAUUGAGUCACCGGAAGUUGCUCAUUUUGGUUAUGUUCUCAGUGGAUUUCCUUCACUCUCAGAGGAAUACAUGACGGUUUCACAACAAAUAGAGAAAAUAAAAAAUCUAAAAUUGAAACCGGAUAUCCUGAUUAACAUUAAGUGUUCGGAUUAUGACUUAUGCCAAAGAAUAUCAGGACAAAGGCAACACCCUGAUUCAGGGCAGGUAUAUCAGAGGAACCAGUGGGAUCCUGAUGUUAUUAAAAAACAUAAGAAAGAGAAAGAUAAGCAUGAAGAAAAGAAUGAAGAAGAAGAAGAAGAAGAGCAGGAAGAAGAGACUGCAGAAGAUCCACUUAAGAUGUCAGAAUUUUUGAAUCAGUUAGUGCAGAGGCCUGAAGAUAUUAUUGAAAAUGCAGAGGAAAGAAUUGGAACAUAUAAGGACAUAAUGCUACGUCCUAUAGAAGACUUGAUGGCUGAACAGGAUUGUCAAUAUCUUAUUGAACUGGACGGAAAUCAGCAACCAGAUGAUCUCUUAGUAUCAGUGAUUGUUCGACUUCAAUCUCUGGGUGUACAAAAUGGAGCUCCUAUAACUAGACUUCAAAGUCAAGAAGAAGAAACACUGGAGGGACUGGAAAAU